UCCUAUAGAAGUGUCAAAGAUUCCAAUCUGAAGGUCAGAAACCAAUGGAGGAGAAAUCAAAUGUGUUUAUAUAGAUAUAACCCACUUCAACACCAAGCUUCAAAGCAUUACUGAAAAUGAUUCCAGUAAUAAAGCCUGAGAGAGUGUCUACUGAGAUCAUUAAACCAUCCUCCACAACACCUGCAGAUCACCCAACAACUCACAGCCUUUCUUUCUUUGAUCAGAUCUGUUCUCGCAUCUAUGUCCCAUUUAUUUUCUUCUACCCCAAACAGAAACAGUACAAUCAUCAUUUGCCAAGUGAUGACAAUGCCCAGAAAUCCACUCUGCUCAAGAAGUCCUUAUCUGCUGCUUUAUCUGGAUAUUACCCACUAGCUGGCAGGAUCAGAGACGAUGUCACAAUAGAUUGUAACGAUCUGGGGAUCGAAUUUGUGGAAGCGAAAAUCACAUGCGAUUUGUCUGAAAUCCUCAAAAAUCCUGAUGAUGAAACAAUUAAGCUAAUGUUCUCUGAUGAUCUGCAGUAUAAAGAUCCAAUCUUGAGUAGUCUCAUGAUUGUUCAGGUCACUUUCUUUGAUUGUGGGGGAAUAGCGGUAGCCAUUUGCAUAUCUCACAAGAUCUUGGAUAUUUCAGCCAUGUGUUACUUCAUCAAUGAAUGGGCUGAUAUAGCCCGAAAGCCAGGUGAAAAAAAGUGUCCUGAGUUCAAGAUAGCAUCGUUUUAUCCCCCAAUUGAUCUACCUGUCAUAGAGAUAUAUGAGCCUGAGAAAGUGAAAUGUAUUUCAAGGAGGCUUGUUUUUAAUGCCUCAAAGAUAGCCAAACUCAGGGCUAUUGUAGCCAAGGAAGUUCCAAAUCCUACACGAGUUGAAGUAGUGACGGCACUUGUAUACAAAUGCGCAAUCUCUGCUACUAGAGCAAGUUCAGGCUCUUUAAAGAGUACUGUCAUGCAUAAAGCAGCGAAUCUGCGUGCUCGGGUAUUUCCACCAUUUCCAGAAAGCUCUUCAGGAAAUCUAAGCGGGACAUUUCCUGUGUCAACUGGGGAGGACAGUGAGAUAGAAUUGGUUUGGUUAGCAAGAAAGAUCAAGAAAGAAAAGACUGAAUACUGCAAUUCUUGCGGAAGAGAAAUGAGUGCAAAAGAACUUUGCUCAUUUAUAUUGGAGGCUUCGACAGGGUUCAGAUCCUGCCAUGGAAUGGAUCAGGAUGUGUACUUGUGUAGCAGCUUUUGCAGGUUUCCUUUCUACAAAGCAGAUUUUGGAUGGGGAAAGCCAGAGUGGGUAACCACAGCUAGUUGUGGGGUUAAGAAUGUUAUCACUUUGAUGGAUACAAGAGAAGGAGAUGGGAUUGAAGUUCUUUUAACUUUGGAAGAAAACGACAUGGCUGUGUUUGAGCAUGAUGCGGAGCUUCUUGCAUUUGCUGAUAUUAAUCCAAGCGCCUUGCCAGAAACUAAUGUUGAGAGUUGAUGGGGACAAAUAUUAAAUUUAAUGAAUAAAAAUCUAUCAUGCCAUGUAAAAUAAUUGGG